AUGGCGACAAAAUUCCUCCUCACCCUUCUCCUAUUCCAUCUCUCCACCACGGCCUACUCCAUCGGUGUCAACUACGGCACGCUCGGAGACAACCUCCCGCCGCCGUCUCAGGUUGCAAACUUCCUCAAGACCCAAACCAUUAUCGACUCGUUGAAAAUCUUCGAUAUGAACCCGGACAUCAUUAGAGCCUUUGCCAACUCAGGCAUCUCAUUGACCAUAACCCUCCCAAACGGUGACAUCCCAACCCUCACGAAUCCACGCGCAGCUCGACGAUGGAUCCAGCAGAACAUCAAGCCCUUCUACCCGGCGACCCUAAUACGUUACAUCUGCGUCGGCACCGAGGUUCUUCACUGGGGAGAUGAUGCCCAAAAGUCCAACCUAGUCGCGGCCAUGCGAACCCUAAAUAAUGCCCUAAGGGUUGAGGGGUUCAAGGGCAUUAAGGUCUCCACACCGCACUCCUUGGGCAUCAUGCUGACGUCUGAACCUCCAAGUCAGGGCCGGUUUAGACCGGAGGUGACGCCAAUUUUGAUACAAAUGCUGCGGUUCUUAAGGGAAUCCAACUCCCCACUGAUGGUGAAUCCCUACCCUUACUUCGGGUGGAGCCCGGAAAACGAGAACUACGCACUCUUCCGGCAGUCAAGAAUAGAUCCGAUCACAAAGCUAACAUACACCAGUAUGUUCGACGGCUUGUUGGACGCCGUUUACUCGGCGGCAAAAGCGCUAGGUUUCCCUGACGUCAAUAUACUUGUGGGUGAGACCGGUUGGCCUUCAGCUUGUGAAUUCCCAGUUUGCUCGAUGCAACAUGCCGCGGACUAUAACGGUAAUCUGGUUAAGCAUGUUGAGUCAGGUAAGGGCACACCUUUGAUGCCGAACCGAAAGUUCGAGACCUACAUCUUUUCCAUGUUUAACGAGAAUCAAAAACCCGGUCCGUUAGCUGAGAAGAACUGGGGUCUGUUCUACCCUAAUUUAGCUCCGGUUUACAACGUUGGGAUUAUGCGCAAUCAGCAGGGCGGCGGUGGAUCAAUACCUAAUCCAACACCAGCUAAACCAGCUCCAACCACACCGCCAGGUAAUGGAGGCAAAGUGUGGUGCAUAGCAAAGCCAGGUGCAACCAACCAGGCCUUGCAGGCAAACUUAGACUACGCUUGCAGCCAGCCGGGUGGCGUGGACUGCGGGCCCAUACAGCCCGGUGGUGCUUGCUUCGAUGAAGAUGUCCGGGCUCGAGCGUCCUACGCCAUGAAUUCUUACUAUCAGGUCAAGGGUGGUAACGAUUUCAACUGCGAUUUCUCUGGAACCGGACUCAUCACCAUCACCGACCCAAGUCACGGCGGAUGCAAAUAUAUCGAGGCUGGUGGCCAAGGACCCUCUGGACCAACACCAACCCAACCAAGCAAACCUGCUCAACCAUCUAAGGGAGGGUGGUGCGUACCAAAACCAGGGGUAACCGACGCAGUUUUGCAGCAAAACAUGGACUGGUUGUGCGGCACCCAUAAGGUGCAUUGUAACAACGUAAUGCCUGGUGCUAAAUGCUAUGCCGAGUCAAUCCUGCCACGGGCAUCCUACCUCAUGGAUGUUUACUACAAGAAGUACGGCCGCCACGAUUACGACUGUGAUUUCAAUGGAAGCGCCCAAAUCACCAACAUCAAUCCGACUGCAUCAGAUUCCCUGCUUGUUUUCUUUCGCAAUGUCGACAGAGCGGUAUGCAUAGUUCUGUCAGCAAACAUAGACUAUGCUUGUAACCAAGCCAGCGUAAAUUGUCAGGACGUUCGACCAGGAGGUGCUUGUUUCAACAGCGAUCUUAAAACCCGGGCAUCUUUCGCAAUGAACGCUUUUUACAACCUUUACCGUUCACUAGGUGGCACCUGUGAUUUUUCCGGUUCCGGGCAAAUCAUUAACACUGACCCAAGCACAUUCUCAUGCAAGUUUGUUGCUAGUGAUGGGGAUAGUGGAAGUAAACUUCCACCGCGUAAUGUUUACAAUCCUAAACCUAUACCUAAAACGCCAAAACGUUCAGUACUAGGAGGAGAUGGUCCGGUCCGCAAAUGGUGCGUAGCAAAACCGCAUUCUGAUACUGAUACUUUGGAUAAACAUUUAGACUGGUUAUGCGGCAUGGUAGAAUGCCAAGCCAUAAAACCAGGUGGUGCUUGCUAUGACGAAUCUAUUAGGGCGCAAGCAUCCUUCGCUAUGAAUUCUUAUUAUCAGACAAAGGGUCGUAACGACAAUAAUUGUGAUUUCUCUGGAACUGCAGUCAUCACCACUGUCGACCCAAGUCAUGGUCCAUGUCACUACCUUUCCUAA